AUGCAGAGGUUAACCAAUAGGAGCUCAUAUCUCGCCUGGGCUGGAAUCUAUUGUGGGUCAACGCGGCGCAUGGCUCAUGACAAUGGAGGGCCUCCAAAUUUGAAUGGGAUACAAAACUACCUUGUCUGUCAGACCUCAUUCCAUAAAACUUUCUCUUCAUUUUCGUGUUCACCUAACUUAUCUCCCCUUUACUGUCGCUUGAAACGUCUAAAGCAAAACCAAAGAUUUUGGCCUUGCUGCCCCCAUACUUAUUUCCCUUCCAAGUUAAUCACAUCUACUAUUGAUAUGGAAGGCUUUAGCCCAGGAGUUUUUGGUUAUAAACCAGCUCCAUCCAUCCGGCCUGACUUUGAUGAAGGUGACGCGCUUACUUGGGUCCUAGGACUGAGUAGCGCCUUUUCUUCAUUCGCAAAGAAUCCAAUGGUUCAUGUCGAGGGCAUCAAGAUGGCAAAGUUCGAUUUGGACAGCGCUGUCUUCACUUCAGAGCGGAUGAUUCGUCUACCAGAUGAUGACGUUCAAAGCCUUUGCAUUAACUGUUUUCCCGAUUGGAGCGCGCGGGGGGAUACCGCUUUAUAA